AUGCAAUAUGUUGAUUCUUUUUCAUCUCGUCAGUUGUUUGACCUCGUUAAAUCAAUAGGAGAGUGUCGCUCUAAGCAUGAAGAAGAUAAUAUUAUAAUUAAUGAAUUGUCUAUUUUAAAGAUAAAGCUAAUCCAAAAUUCAUUGUCAUCUAAUAAGCUACGUGAAUAUAUGAUAAGAGCGAUAUAUAUUGAAAUGCUGGGGCAUGAUGCUUCCUUUGCAUACAUUCAUGCAAUAAAGAUGACAAAUGACAAAAACGCUUUCGUGAAAAGAAUUGGAUACCUGGCUUGUUCCAUAUUUUUAAAUAGAAAACAUGAACUUUUAGUUCUGCUAGUUAAUACACUACAAAGAGAUCUUACAAGUAGAAAUCAGCUUGAUGUAGCAUCAGCACUAUCAUGUUUACCUUAUUUAUUAAAUUAUGAAAUAUUUUCUUCAAUAGAAAAUUCAAUAUUGAUGUUAUUAUCUCAUCAGAUAGCUGGAAUCAGACGAAAAGCAUAUUUAACUUUGCUAUGCGUAUUGGAAAUAAAACCAACUAUAUUUGAAGAGAACACCGACAUUUUGAUGAGGGGCUUAAGCGAUUCAGACAUUUCUGUUAAGAAUUCGGUUUUGUAUUUGGUCGAUAAAAUCAGUUCAUUUAAUCCAAAGUUAUGCAUUCCACUGAUACCUCAUUUGACACUAAUAAUGAAGCAAAUUUUAGAAAACAAUAUUUCCAAGGAAUACGACUAUUAUUUUGUUUCUGCACCCUGGACUCAAAUAAAUAUUCUACAAACACUCUCGAAAAUUGCCUCUUUUGAAAAAAAAACCAAUCAGAUAUACGAAAUAUUGUAUAGUACAAUCAAGAAAGUUGAAUACUCGAUAUCUAUGCCAUCCUAUAAUGGGAAAUCAAUGAUUUAUCCUAUAAAUAUAAAUAAUAGAAACACAAACAAUACGGCUAAUAUCUCAUACGCAAUUCUUGAUUCUUGUGUCGGAGCGAUUAGUUCAAUCCAUCCAAACAAUGAAUUGCUAGGACAGGUUGAGGAAAUCAUUUCUAGAUUUUUGAAUUCUGACCUAAAUUACCUUAAAUAUAUAGGUAUAAAAUGUCUUUCAAAAAUCGCUAUAAUUGAUCCAUCUUAUGCAAUUCCACACCAAAUUAUUGUAGUAGACUGUCUUGAAGAUAAAGAUGAAACUAUUCGUAGAUGCACACUUGAACUAUUAUGCAAUAUGUCAAAUCCCCAAAAUAUCCAAGUUGUAAUAUCUAAGCUCAUAAAUAAUUUGAAGAUUGCAACUGACUGUCAUUUUUGUGAAGAACUUGUAAAAAAUAUACUCCUACUAAGCGAAAAAUUUGCUCCAAGUUAUAAUUGGUACUUAAAUACAAUGGUUAAAAUAUUAGAAUUAUCUGGAGAAUUUGUUGGAAAAGAUAAAGUUAAUAAUAUUGCACAGAUAAUUGCAGAAGGCCCAACUGGAAAUGAUGAUUCUGAUCAAGAAUUUAGGGUUCAUACCUCAAAUCUGUUUUUAGAGUUACUAAAAGAAAAAGCGGAUAAAUUGCCAGAAAUAUUGUAUAACUUGGGAAUUUGGAUAUUAGGUGAGUAUGGGUCAUGUACAGCAAAUGAUGGUUCCGAAAUUAUUACUUUAAAGACCUUGUAUGAAGUUACAAUUCUUCUUUACGACAUUUUUAAAAAGUUGAAAAUAAAUAUGAAUGUUUGCCAAAGUAACAAUGCGCAAUCUAAGAGAUCAUUUGCGGAUAUUGCAACUUUUAUGAGAAUUAAUACAAAGCCAGAAACUAUUUCAAUGAUUAUUUCAGCAUUAUUAAAAUGUUAUUCAUAUACAAUUAUGUCCUCCAAAAAAUUUAACAACUCAGAAAAUUAUCUCAGUAUUGAAAAUGAACGGAAUAAAGAAUACAUUUUCUAUCUGGAAAAAAUGAAUGAGAUUUAUAAUCAAAUUUUUAAAGAUUCUGUGUCUAUUCCAACCAAUAUAAUUAAUCAAAGAAUUAAAGAGUUCACUUCGAUAAUUCAAUUAAGCAAUAGAAUAAAUUGUGAAUUAACUAACUAUCUGGGAAAUGAAUAUUUCGAAUUAUUGAGUUACAUCUUACCAUUUGAUGCUUCUUGUGAAGAAAUUUAUGUAGACAGAAAACUUUCAUUUCUUGAUAAACUUGUUACUGAAUAUAAGCUUUCAGAAAAAUACACUAAUAAAAAAAAUAGUAUUAAUCCUUACUUACCAGUAGAAGACAUAAAUUUGAAUCGAGCAUUAAAAAAUGUUGAAAUAGAAGCUAUAAAAGAAAUUGACCUUAUUGAAGUUUUUCCAGAUAUCGAGACUAAUUUGAGGUAUGAAAUCACUCAGAACAAUAACAUUGGAAUCAUUAGUGAUUGCAAAACUCAAAAUUCAAUUGAUUCAUUUACUGAAACAAAUAUCAAAAAAUCUCAUGAUUUAAAUGUAACAAAAACGGUAAGAAACUUGAAUUUGGGUCUUCAAGUUGAUCAAAUUAAUACUGAAUUAUUCAAUAAGGGAUAUAAUGCAAAAAAAUGGGGUCCGGAAGGCUUUGGAAAGCACGAAAAAAUACAAACUAAAGGAAAAGAGCUGGUAUCCAAGUUGGCUAACGACCCAAAAAAUAUAAAAAUUCAAUCGGAAAAAAAUUGUGAAAACUUUUUGAGUAAACAAAGAGAAGCAGUUGCACUAUUCAACGGUAUUUCAAAUUCCCAAAAGAAGAAAUAA